AUUUUAUUUUUAUUAUACCAAUCAUACUUCCCCAAAAGUUAGGGUACCUUAAGUGUGACAAUAAAGUUAAUGGCCCUGGCCAAAAGAGAGCGAAUGCGAGAGCAUACCACACCUGACGUUGAUAAGAGUUUUUCCAGGUAGACACAACGACAAUAUUUAACUUGGCCUCCUGACGGCAGCUCAUUUGAGUUUCACACGCCGACUAGAAGCGGAGGAGGAGUUGGUUUACAAGCUGGAAAAGCUGGGUGUUCCACUCAGAAUCAGAAUAGGAAUCACAAUUCGAGUACAGAGCGAAAGGUGGGGACACAUGUUGUCAUGUUGACAAGUGCGAGGGAGUGGAAAUUGAAGGGCCGUCAGCGGUUACCUCCGAUGUUUUGGUUGUUCUGGAUGUGGCUGUUGCUGCUGGGGUUGCUGCUACCUGGGCAAAUGAUGCUCGGCGAUGCCGCCUCGGUCUCCUGGGGACAUGUCAACAAAUACGCCAGCCUGCUGCACACCGAAGAUGUUUACCUAACGCCGCAGUCACACGGAACCCAAAAUCUCGUCUACGGCUCGCAGAAUGCCAGCGAUAACUACCGGAUUACGGGUAUACAUGUCGAGGAUCUGAGCGAUGGAGCGGAGGCCGUUGUCACGGCAGGUGGCAUAGGCCAUCAGUUUGUGGUCCUGCGAUGCCAGAGAAGCCAGGAGGUGGACAAACCAGAACCAGCUCAUCUCGAGGUGUCCAUCUAUGGAGUGGAUCUCUGAGGUAUCUCUAUUAUCUAGUGACAUUGAGCACUCCACACCCACACAUUGUAAAUAUUAAUUAGUGUAGAAAAUGCUAAGAACUUUCAGCUGUGCAAGCGAAGUGCACAAAGAAAAAUAUUUCUAGUGGAUUUAUUUAAUUUUAGAAUUGCUACAUAGUUUAGGAAAUAAAGGCUAUUCAUUAUUGAAUAUAAAACUGUUA